UUCAAUCGACGAGAAUAAUUUAUUUAAAAAAAAAAACGUUUUUUAAUUUCAAAAAGUGCAUUUCUUCAAUUUUAUUGAAAAUAUCAAUCGAUGCAAUCGUAUAUGCUGUUGAUUUGAUUGUAUUCGGAUUUAAAAUUGUUUCACAUCGGAUUAUUGGUUUUAUGCCUGCAGAUAUAUGCGAAAAGUGUAACGAAAAAAGAUAUGGGAUUAAAAAAAGAGAUAGAGAAAAACGAGAAUCAGUGUAAAAUCUGUAUCAAGUGAAUAUGGUGAAAAGGUGUGAUUUAUCGAUGAAAAUACACAUUGAGAUUUCUAAGCAGCAAAAUCUAGCUCGCAGAUUCAAAGUUCACGAACACACUCUUGCUCAUAAAUAAUCGAUUGAUGUAUGCACUACAAAGAAAACGGAACAUUCAACGCUAAUAUACGAUUGGCACAAGUGUUGUGAAAGUAUCACUUACUCAUUAAAAAUGUGACAUUGAUAAUUGGCAUAUGAUAUUGUUAAUAAUAUGCAGUGAAUAUGCGGAUUUGAAGUAAUAACGGAAAUAUUAUUGAUUUUUAUUUAAGUCAAACCAAGGACGACGAAGUCCAUCAGACUGGAGCGGAGGAUAAAAAAGGACAAUAAAUUUUAAAACAGUAUACUAGUUAAUUAGGUGAUCAAUAAUAUUUUAAAAAUGGUGAUUGGAGAGAAAGACGAAAGCACACAGCCUGGUGCUGUAACACAAAUGCCGCCAGCAUCCAUUGAUAAUAUUAUGAGCGGCAUUAGCAAUACUGGGUCAGUCAAAAUGAAUAACCAUCGAAAAAAAUUGCGACAAAGGUUUGAUAUAAUUAAAAAGUUGGGUCAAGGUACUUACGGUAAAGUGCAAUUAGGAAUAAACAAAGAAACGAGUCAAGAUGUUGCAAUUAAAACGAUAAAAAAAUGCAAAAUCGAAACGGAAGCCGAUUUGGUGCGCAUUCGACGAGAAGUUCAAAUUAUGAGUUCCGUUCAACAUCCAAAUAUUAUUCAUAUUUAUGAAGUGUUUGAGAAUCGCGAGAAAAUGGUGCUAGUAAUGGAAUUUGCUGCCGGCGGUGAACUUUACGAUUACUUAUCCGAACGAAAAGUAUUAACGGAAGAAGAAGCACGACGAAUUUUUCGACAAAUUGCCACAGCUGUGUAUUAUUGCCACAAACAUAAGAUCUGCCACCGAGAUUUAAAAUUAGAAAAUAUUCUGCUCGACGAACAUGGCAAUGCCAAAAUUGCCGAUUUUGGUUUGUCAAAUGUGUUUGAAGAAAAACGACUGUUGGCCACAUUUUGUGGUUCACCACUGUAUGCAUCACCGGAAAUUGUGAAAGGAACGCCAUAUCAAGGGCCAGAAGUCGAUUGUUGGUCGCUGGGCGUUUUAUUGUAUACGCUAGUUUAUGGUGCGAUGCCAUUUGAUGGAUCGAAUUUUAAGCGUUUGGUUAAACAAAUUAGUGCUGGUGAUUAUUAUGAACCAAAAAAACCAUCAAAUGCAUCUCCGCUCAUUCGAGAAAUGCUCACCGUUUGCCCAAAACGUCGAGCAACCAUCGAACAAAUUUGCAACCAUUGGUGGGUGAAUGAAAGUUAUACCGAAUGCUGUUUGAAUUUAGCUGAAGAAUUGGCGAAUCAAACUCCGGUUCGAUUAGAUGUACUGCUAUCAUUAACACCGUCGGCUGUUACCUGUGAACAGUUGGUUGUUCCGAAUCCGCAUGAAGUCGAGAACAAACAAAAUGUCACCCGAAGCAUGUCAGUGGGUUCGAUUCGUGAUAUUGGUGAUAUUGCCAAUUCAGAAGCAGAGCAACGCAUCAUCGAAAUGGUUGCUGCUGGCGGUGAGGCAGCUUUGGCUCCAUCACCAACGCGAACAAUCACUCCAUCGCCCAGCAUGGUGCCACAAGUCAAACGAAAACCAGAAAAUACCAUUUCAACCGAGUCAAUGACCGGAGUUGCCGGAGCUCGAAAACGUGAUAAACCAACCGAACAAAUAAAAGGUACACAAUCGAAAUUGUCGAUUAGCGAAAUAAUGGACGUUGAUGAAAGUACACAAAAUGAGGAGCAAAUGGAAAAGAAUGUUGCUGAAUUGUCGUCAUCUACAUUGGCCGAUGUCGUCGAUGACGAAUUGAAAAAAGACGAAAAGUCAGUGAAAAAUAAAAGCAAGACUAGUUCCGAUACAAUUAUUGAAGAAGUGCCACCGAAUGCAUUGCAAAAAACGCAAACCAGCGAACCAAAGGCACCGAAAACGUUCCCAAAGACAAAAACAACGGACUUAAGUGAAGUAUCUCGUGCUGCACCACCAGCUGAACAAAAAUUGGCCGAUGAACCAAAACCAAGCACCGAACGAAGAAAAUCUCGCAUAAUGGAAGUAGCCGAACGUUUCGAAGCAGCAGCCGCUGCACCAACGGAAAAACCGAAAAAAGUCAUUGUUAAAAAAGAUGUUGAACGUAAAACAUCAGCACCAAAACCGACAACAACAUCAACACCAGUGGCUGAGAAACAAUCAAAACCGGCAACAAAUUUACCACAACAAAGCAGCGAUAAAACGCUUGAAAUUAGCAAAGUCAAGAGCGAAAUGGCUUCGGCGAAUUCGAGUGCACCAGAUGUUGAUUUGACAAAGAGUGAUUCGAAAACUUCAAAUUUAUCGCUUGAAGAGGCACGACGUUCAAUGGAAAAUUCGAUAGCAUUGCUCAAUCAGGCGCGCAUGGAGUCCAGCAACGAAGUGGAUCAGCUAUGUGCCAAAACGGAAAAUGUUGCUGUAUCCAGCAAACAAGACGAGGGUGAGAGACAAAGAAAAUUGAAAACUGCUCGUGAAAUCAUAGGGAAUGCUAUUCCACGAUUUAGUGGCAUGGGUGUACGCAAACCUCCAGUGCCAUUCGGCGCGAAUGGACGUUCUAUUUCUGGAAGCGUUGUACCAACUCGUAACGUUGCAACGCCGCCCGAUCCAAGAUUGCAUGAGCGCGAAUCACCGCUUAGCAUUUACAAUUCGAGACCGGCGGCGGCGGCAGCAGGUGAACAAGGCGUCAUUGGAGAAGAACAACCAAAAACUUCUGAUGUUACAUUGAAGUCGGCCACUUUACCACGUCGCAAGAUCGGAAGACCUGAUGUAGAGCAACAACAACAGUAUCAUCCGACAUAUAAUCCAGUAUUUGCGACAUCUGGAGCUCGUGGCGGUAUCACUGAUGCACAAUCACAACAGCAACACAAGCCGAAAGAGCAUUACAUCCCAAUUCAACGAGUGGGAUAUGUAGCCAAUACGUCAUCUAGUCAACGAUCAGUAUUGUCGCGUCAAUCAACCAAUGAUUCUGAUAUAUCGGACACACAAACAGCGUCUACCGCAACAAUUGGCACUCAACCGUCGUUACAAACAUCGAACUCAUCACAACCGAUUAAAAAGAGUCCACGCGAAUUCAUAAUUCCGAUUGCAGUUGAAGGUGGCGGUUUUGUAACACCACGAGCCGGUAGCCUUGAGCCAUCCGAAUCGAAUCAUAGUACAAGCACCGCAUUUAGUCGUUUCAGUGGUCGACCGCGCAAAAUUAGUUCUCUGUUUAAUGAUUCAGAAGAUGAAUCGAUCAAUUCACCGUUCCAUCGUAUGCAACGGCAUACGUCAAUCGGACGAGACAGUGAUACCGAAACAAGUCAACCCACAACCGGAUUCACAUAUCGUUUGCGCAGUACUCGACCAUUUAAAAAGCUACAAUCUGAAGGAAAUGACUCAGGAAGCUCUGGCGAAGAAGACGAUGAUGAUGGUUUUGAAAUUUUAACGGCUGAAAACCUUUUCUCAACUCUUUUGUCACGGGUUCGUGCACUAACCAAUCGCCUCAAUGUAAAAGAUGACCCGACCAGUGAUUUUCCAUCAGCACGUUUUCUCAAUAAUUUUCCAACGAAUUUUCGUCAAAACAGCCCAUUCUGGCAACAUGACCCCUUUACUAGCAAGCAAUAUACUUACUAUAGCGAAUCAGUCGUAACAACAAAAAGGGAAAUUCGUUUGAACAGUUCGGGUGCAUGGCGUCACAGCAUGACUCGUGACCUUGGUACAGACAUUGAUUCAAUGAAUUCUGUGUUCUCGCCUCGAACCGGAGCCACAUUGCCCAAAGGCGCAAAAUUUAGGUCAAGUGGCGAAAAAAGUUCAAACUUACAAUCGAAUGAAUACAGCAACAACAGUACCAACAGCACCACCACCCCCACAACCACAUCCGAAAAUCCAACCAAUCAAAACGACAAUAAUUUGAAGCAACCAAAUAAUGAAACAUUAGAUUUAGCCGAUCUCGAUUUAUCACAAUUACGACUCACCAAAAAAGAUUUAGAAACAUUGUCGUCAAUCACACCAAGUCUACCGAAACACUUUCAAGAUCAAUUACUCGCUCAAUUGCCACCGAAUCAGGCACGAAAACUCUCCCGAACGCUAUCGAUGCAAGCAUCGACACGCACACCAAAUAUUUACAAACGUAGUUUAAGCAGUGGACGAGAUGGUGGCAUCGAAAAUACCGAAUCAACCGCAUCAAAGACACCAAUUCCGGAACAUCAAAUUGAUGAUUUGAAAUUCGGUGCAAACGAUCCAAAAUUCAAUGGGAUGGAUCCAAAUGCAACUGGAAACGAAUCGUCAUUGUUGUCGUUUGAUCGAAACUCUGUGCUGCGACGAAGCAUGUCACGUGGACGAGAUCCAACUGUACACAGACGCAGCACCAGUGCUCUUCGGAAUGAAUAUCCAAGUCGCAUGUCAUAUGCCGGUGACUUACGUGCCGACUACAAGCCAAAUGAUUCUGUGGCCAACAAUCGAUAUCGCCUAACUGAUUACACAUCGGGAUUGGGAACGUCCGCUUUGAGACCCGAAUAUUAUUCAAAACUUCCAUUGCCAACAUCGUCUUCACCGCAAAAAUCACCAUCAAAUGAAACACUCGAUUCACCAUUCCGAAGACGGCAUUCAUCACGAGGAUUCUCACGAUUUUCAUCACGUCCCGACUUUUAUGGCAGUUCGUCAAGCAUUAAUGCGGGCGACGAUGGCAAUGCAUUGCUCAAAGUGCGAGGUGAAAAAGAGCGUGAAACUCAAAGUGUGUUACGUGAAAUACGUGAACGCAGUCGAGAUAGAUCCAAAACAACUCCAAGUAAAAAUGAAACGAAACCACGCGAAGGAGAGAGUUUACCAAGUGGCGAUGCAUGUUCAACGCACAAAGAUCAUCGCAGAAAGAGUAGUAUACCAAAUAUUCGAAUCACCGUUGAUAAACAAAAUGGUCGCAUUUAUCAUGCUCGAAAUAAGAGCAUGGAACGUUGCUGUGACAUUGAUGACGCGGAAAAAAUUGAUGGCAAAGAGAGCGGCCACAUUCGUCGAGCAAGUAUGACAAAUGCGGCUCGACCUCCGAACUCGGCGAAUGAGGCUAGAUCCAAGCAAACGGCGGCCGAAUUCACCGAUGACAUUCUCAGUGAAUUGGUUCGACGAUCAAAGGACUACACUGAAAAUGGUGAUUUGCCACAGAAAACGGAGAAAAAAGAUGAAAGUGGAACAGUUAAGAAAAUUAAAAUCAAGUCAAAAGAUGGCAAAAAAAUGAAAACCAAACCCAAAACCGCCGAAACCGGUGAGCAAGAGUCAAAAGUGACACAGAAUAAUGAACAAUCGAAUGAUGUUCAAUCGGUUACACUGCCAUUACCAAAAUCAUCGAAAAUUGCGCGACGUAUGUCGUUUCCAAAUAAAGACGAUGGUGUCAGUGAUAAAGUCAACGAUCGAAAGAGUGAAAUUAUGGAGAAAAAAUGUGAAGCACCAGAAAUAAAUGUGAAUGUACCAAAGUCAAAUGAUGCAAAAGAAACAAAAACCUAUCCGAAUUCCAAGCUAACACCACCGAAGGAGGUAAGCUUGAAAAUAAAAAAGUCCACAAAUUCCAGUGCAACAUCGACCAGUCGAAAUGCCAUAACCGCCGUCAUGGAAAAAUUUAUGGAAAAGAGUGCAGAACGCUUGUCACCGGGUAAAACAAUAUCGGCCACUAAAGUCAAGAGUGAAUCGGGCGAAACAUCGCCGCCAAAAACGAAAAAGAAAAUUAAGGUUGUGAAAAAAUUGGUGAAACCGGAACAAUCGCCAACAAAAGAAACUAGUCCCAAAUCAAAUGAAACUUCCAACGAAACAUCGCCAGUCAAAGAGAGAAAAUCACCGGAAAAGAAAUUAAAAUCCGGAUUUCUGUAUACGAUUGGUCAAAAGUUUGAGAAAAUGCGCGAAAAUAGCAAAAACAAAGAGAAAGAAAAGAAAAUUGCCAAAACAAUUGAUGCACCAAUAGCGGCUGCAAGUGAAAUCGACAUAAAAUUGCCGAUGCAUUGUGAAAAAGAAUUUCCAAAAGAUGUUGAAACCGUGCAAACCAUAAUAAUACCGCGACGUGUAAAAGAUGGCCAAGGUGAAAUCAUUCAAAAAGAAGAAAUCACAAUUCGUCAAAUUGAUUUACCGUCGUCGAUAAGCGCGAACUCAAUUGGAAAAGGUGAACAACGUAAAUCUCGCAUUGAUGCUGUUAUUCGUAAUUUACGCGAACGUUCUGUUCCGCACACGGUUCGAAGUGAAAAUCGUACAGAUUUGGCAACGGAAUCAGCUCUACUAAAGCGAGCGGUUAGCGUUGAAGACAUGACAAACGGUGCUGUCAACUUCAAUAAACAGGGCAAUGUAAACAAAGUACUUGGACUGUUUAGACGUAUUGAAAAAGAGCAUCAAUUGCAAAAGCAGCAGCAUUUGGCCGCAAAUGGUGAAUCAUCGUCAAAGGAACGGCCCAAAUCCGGUGGUUUUGUGGGCAAAAUGAAGAAAAGUCGACCAUAUUAUACAGGUGCCAAAAGUGAUACGAUUAUUACACUAACUGAUCAAUUUGAACGUCAAUAUUUGUGCGAACGAGCGAAUCAGUUGAAGGCUGAGAAUUCGACAGCAUCGAGUACGAAAAUUCCAUAUUUACGAGCAUCAAGCAUUUCAAAAACGGAUUCACAACCAAUUCAAUCGAACAGUUUUGAAUUUGUGGCAAAUGGUACUAAAGAGAAGAGCACUUCGAAUAAUAGCAUCGAUGAGAAAGUAAGGGAUAUUAAACAUGUCAAUGAAGCGAUCAAACCGCAGAUUCCAAUUGUUGAUGUGACAAAUAGUUCGUUAAGUGAAAAGGAACGCAUUCGAAACAAUAGAAAGGGUCUGGUGUUGGACUUGAGUAACGAACAAUACAACGAUCAUUUUAAGAAAAUAUCGAAUGAUUCAAGCAAUAACAACAACAACUCAUAUCACUUCAAUAGUUCAAAAUCAUUUGGCGAUCAGUGCAAUGGAUCGAAUGAAAAUCAUGUUAAUAACAAUUUUGCUGGCAAUGGUAAUUAUUAUCCACAAUUUUAUCCACAUUCCGAUCGAAACCAUGAACCAUUCACACCAACCUGUGAGCUAAACACGAGCUACUCGUCGGACGCACGAAGUGUGCGAGAUGACUGUGAAUCAACGUCAACAUUUUUGUCACCAACCGAUGAGCCGGAACUUUGUUUCGAUGAUUGGUCAGCUUGUUCUGGUUCAACUGACGAUCAUAUGCCGUUGCAUCCAAAGCAUUUGAAAUACGCAUCAAUGCGAAAUCAGUCAGAGCAAAAUCACAAUCAAAUGCCAUCAACAUCUACUGAUCCAGCUCCGUCUACACCAUCUGACUCGGAAAGCGUGAUUGACCGAAUAAAACGUCGAAGCUAUUAUUGCCGUUUCAACGAAAAGAAACCAAAACGAACGAGUUCAAUUGUUGGACCAAGUGCACAACGGGAAUACUACCGUGAUAUGGCCGCUAAAUCCAAGUCGAGAGCAUCUGAUUAUCUGCCAUUGACACCGAAUGGAUAUCAAACAGAGAGUGAUGGCAGUUUUAGCCGUGGCGGCAGCAAAUCGCCCACACCAAUGAAUGUACCGACUUCGAUAUCACGUGCAAAUACACCAAGUUGUUAUUCAACUGCCGAUGAAAGUGAGAAAUUUAAACAGCAACCAUACCAUUACCAUUUCCACCAUCAACGUAGUCAAACUCCCUCACGAUCCGUUAAAAGUCCAUUCGAACCAAAUGAUUUACCCAAAAAUAAAUCGAGCGAAUAUCUUAAUUUAAGAUCGACAUUGACAUCACCGCCGGCUUCAAUAUCGGUUUCAAAAUACUAUUCCAAUCCAAUCGGAGCCACCACAUCAUUACCAACAAGCGACUAUCAACACAACGGAAAUCGCUCAUAUUCAAUGCGAAAUUCAACCUACGACAGUUUGACAACACCCAUUGUCUAUGGUACUUAUAAUCCAAAACGUCGAAUGUCUACAUCCUAUUUGGCUCCGUCAAUUGUGGCUGCAAAUAGCACGAAUGGUUACUUAAGCUCGCCAAAAGAUCAUUUGAGUACCAGUUGUUAUGCAACGCUCGGACGAAGCAAGCCAAAAGCAUAUGAUCGUUCGAUCACAAUGUUGGACACUGGAUCCAUAGCACCCACAUCGAUACUUACAAAACGGUUCGGCACCACAAAUUCAACAUCAGAUAAUCCAUAUACACACUCACAUUAUCGCCCUAUUCAUGAGUAUGGUGGUCAUUUUAACAGCAGAUCCAGUUUGCGUUCACCAACCAUAAUACAAAGCUCUAGCAGCAAUGUUUAGACUUCAUCCCCUCGCAAAUGACAUCAACAUUUUAUCGACAAUGUUCAAUCAAAACAGGAAAACAAAACAACAACAACAACAUCAAAUUAACCACUCAUAAAAUACUCAAAACCGUUACUGUUCAGUCAUUUCCAUUCAUAAUACUUGAUAUAGAUUAAUAUACUCGAAAAUGAAAAAAAGCAAAAAAAAAA